AUGGCUGACCCCUUCUCAAACACUCUCAAAACCCUGCGAUCGAAAGCAGCAGCGUUUGGCAGCGAGCCACUGCUCACCCGACCGGAUGGCACCGUCGUCGACCUGGCCAACGGCUACAUACCACUCCUAGCGAACUUCACCUUUGAAGACAAAGCCGCCAAGGGCUUACGGAAACGUAAAGUGGGCGACGAGCGCGAGGUCCCGGUCUACUUCUCCGCCGUCGAGCUGGUACGCGAUAACAGGAUCCUGCUCCUUACGGGCCCGAGUGGAAGUGGGAAAACCACGUUUGCGAAAUAUGUUAGCUAUCGGAUGGCGACAGAUGAUUUCCGUGAAUCACGCUCAGUAAUUCGCAACGAGUUUGGGGACUCGCAUGAGGAAACGUGGGAGACUGGCAAGCUUGAGCCAUACUACUUCCUCGUCGAUGGAGCAGAGUCUCUUCGGACUCUUGUCGAGAGAACGCUCCCGGAGUUACUGACGCAACAUGGAGACCAGAGAAUCGGCUUUCAAAUCAUCAUAGACGGGGUCGAUAAGGCUGGGAGUGAGGGUGUUGAGCUUCUCGGCUCCAUAAGUGGCUUGGCGAAGUCGGCAAACGACGUCCGGCUUCUUUUACUCGGGGACACCAAAGUUUGCAGCUGCUGGGUGCUACCUUCAGUCGUGGCUCGUCACGACAUACUACCACUUUUGACAACCCAGAGAAAGCGAGCAGCUUACGAGCUGUUGAUUCAAAAAGCCAUAGGACUGGGCUCUUCCGCAUCGAAUCCUGCCUUAUUCGCCUUGGCACUCCAAGCUGGAUGUGUGGCGGAACAGGCCGAAGACAUCCUCGAUGAGUGGAUCAAGGUCGUUGAUUCUUAUGGAACUUCUGCCGAAUACCUUCAGUUGAAGGCCUAUGAGCAGGCUUUGAGAACCAAGGGUGAGGACCAGCGAAGCACGUUGGCUUUGCCAACAUCACUGUUGACUCCGGCCUGGUCCUGCAGUGCGGUUCAGCAAUUGCUUGCAGCUCGACAACUAGCAACUCUCCCAACAAAAGAAGUACUCGCCUUCUACUAUGCAAAUCCAGGCUCUUCACAGCCAGUCAUCAGGAGCUGUUUGGUCCGUCUCGCGGGUUCUGCCAAAGCGGAGACACUGUUGGAACGGUUGCUUGACGGGGCGUCAUCAGAAUCUCACCGCGCUGCCCUGCUUAUUGCCGACCUCGUCCCCAAAGACUCAGAAUUCGAACAGUCGGUAGCAAAAUGGGUACUGGAAGUCGUGGACAGAGGCUUAUUGACACCCAAGGAGCGCGAGAAAGCUGGACGCAUCCUUUCCUCUCUGGGCGACCCCCGCAACCUCACAGGCCUCGCACAAAUACCCGCUGGAACUUUCGUCAUGGGCUCUGAAAGUCAUCCCAACUCACACCCACCAAACUCUAUCUCACUCGGCAGUUUCCGGAUUGGCAUCUAUCCAGUCGUCAAUAGGGACUAUUCGGCGUUUGCUCGGGGGACCGGCCGAGAUUGGCUCAGCCCGGAUGGAACGGACCCGGAAAGGUUAAACGCGCCAGCGACUGAUCUCACCUGGCACGACGCGCGGGAUUACUGCAGGUGGCUGACAGAACGAUGGCGCGCGAGCGGGGAAAUAACGCCAAACGACGAGGUCAGGCUUCCUACGGAGCCUGAGUGGGAGCGGGCGUCUCGCGGAGAUCAGUUUGAGGCUGGCAGCGAGGGGUUGGUGUUUCCCUGGGGCACUGAGUGGAAUACCGAUGCUGCAAACUCAGAGGAGGCCGGUUUCAACAACACUUGUGCAGUUGGGUUGUUCCCAAAGGGUCGCUCGCCCUACGGAUGCUAUGAUAUGGCGGGGCAGGUUUGGGAAUGGUGCACGACUCUUUGGGGCGAAGAUAUGGCAAGCCCUUCGUUCAAAUAUCCGUGGAAGAACGAUGAGCGAGAGGCGUUGCAAGGUCCAGAGAAGAUCCGUCGGGUAUUACGUGGGGGGUGUUUCUCGAGCCCGAAAGUCAAAGCCAACUGUACGUAUCGAGGGAGCCUUGAACCAGCGGGGUUCUGGAGGGGAAAUGGGUUCAGAAUUGUCGUUGCACCAAUUUCUACUCCAUAA